AUGUCCUUUGCUGUGCCGAAGGGAUUACCUGGAAACCCAAAUUCUCAAAGCUUAGGGAGAAUCGCGAUUGAAACGAGAGUACAUAAUCUCUGGAACCACCUCAUAGAAUCAGCAUCCGCAAGAACAGGUUCUCUCCUCAUCUGGGACACCGGCACAUACACGGUCCUUCCUCGCAAGAAAUCAUCAAGGAGGCCUCCAUCACCACAGACCACGGACGAUGGUUCAGAUACAGACCUCGAGGCCUUCGUUCAAGCAACACUUGAAGCAAAACCAGAGAACGAAAAGCUCAUCGACGCUUUCAAAUCCCGCUACAUCCGCUUGCGUCUUAACGGGUUUAAACUCCCCAAGAACUACACCAUAACACUGCGCCUCCCCUUCGCCAACGACGUCUCGAAAUCCCGGCCCGCGCGGAGGAAAAGCCGACGGAAACCCAAAUCCGCCGGUGCGCCUAAGUCUACCGAUUCUGAACCAGAGGAUGACGACAGGGAAGCAGACCCUCCACCAGAAGAUGCCCAGGACAUCGACACAGAUUCCGACGAAGACGCCCAAACACGCCUCAACAAUGCGUAUCCCGGCUCGACUAACACAAUUGGCUCUGUGCAUCAACGAGCCUGGUUCAUCCUGUUGGAUCGAUUGUCGAGUGGGUUCGUGCAAGAGAGAGCUGCGGAGACGUGGGUGAGGAGGGGAAACGCAAAAGGGGAGGGAUUUGACCCGUUCUUUAUCUUGGGGAGGGAGGUUGAGAGCAGUGUUGUCACGGGGCGAUUGGCGAGGGAGGUGGAGCGUGAUGAAGGUGUGGAGGGGUUUGUUGGUCGUGCUGGAUGGGUGGGGAUUACGCGAUGA